CAGCACUUUUGAUUUUCCAUGAUUAUAAAUUAUCAAGUGAUUCAAAUGUUUGCAAUUAUUCAUUGCAGCAGGCUGAUUAGGGUUCCGACGAGAGAUGCCAUUAACGUCGCCCCACAAUUUGUCGCGCAUUUCUCCUCUCGAAAACUACCUUCAGAUUUCAGCCGCGGCGACGCCACUUUCACCAUCAGUUACCUCACAAAUUCAUGUGGAUUGUCGUUGAAAGACGCCUUCUCCAUAUCCGCGAAAUUGUGCGUCAAAUCGCGGGAGAAUUCAGAUGCAAUAUUGCAGCUGCUCAAAAGGUACGGAUUCACAAAUGCUCAGAUCUCCAGACUGGUCAGGAAAUGGCCGGGCGUUCUUCAAUCCAGCGCCGACAAAACCCUAUCGCCGAAGCUCGAAUUCUUCCGCUCAAUCGGCGUUCCGCCCGCCGCCUUGCCGCAGAAGCUCUCUGAAUACCCGUUUCUGUUGCGGCGGAGCUUCGACAACUAUUUCACCCCAUGGUACAAUUACUUGAAAAGCAUCGUUCAAUCUGACAAAAACGUGGUCGCCGUGUUUCUCAGCAGUCCAAGGGCGUUCACACACGGCUGGCCGGAAAGGAUUCCUUCCAACAUCGGUAUUCUGAGAGAGAGAGGGGUACCCGAGUCUUCAAUCACUUCGUUGAUAGUGAACAAGCCAUCGAUGAUGAUUCUGAAACAGGACAAGUUCGGCGCCUGUGUUGAUCGGGCUGCCGAAUUGGGACUCGCGCCGUCGAAGGUUGUGUUCGUUCGCGCCCUCCAAGUGUUCGGUAGAUUGUCUGAGUCGACUGUGAAGCAUAAAAUGGACGUUUACAGAAGGUGCGGUUGGUCCGAAUGUGAUCUAAAUGCUGCAUUUUUAAGGCAUCCCCUUUGCUUGAAACUUUCCCAGAAAAAGAUCAGAAGGAACAUGGAUUUUCUUGUGAAAGAGAUGAGAAUGAAGGCGAGUGAGGUCGCGCAAUGCCCCUCUGUUCUUGAUUACAACUGCGACACAAGAAUGAGGCCGAGGUGGAUGGUUGUGAGAGUUCUGAAAGCAAGAGGGUUGAUGAAGGAAUCAAGGAGCAUCACCAGCUUGUUUCAUAUGUCGGAGGUCAAUUUCUUCAACAGAUACAUCGCUCAUCACCACAAGGAAUUUCCCGAGCUGUUGGAUAUCUAUCGAGGCUCAAAUGCGAUAUCCAAAUCAACUUGAUUUUGCUGCUCAUCACAAAUGUUGCUCUCAUGAGAAUUCGUCAAGCUCGGGGUCAGAGAAAUGGUGGAAGUUUUUCUGGGCUCUCGAUCUCCCACCUAAGGUGCUCCAUUUUGCUUGGAGAGCCUUACAUGAUUUGAUUGCUAUGAAUGUGAACCUUGCCAAUCAUCAUGUCCCUACACAUGCUAUUUGUUUUUGGUGUAACAGGGAUUGGGGAACUACCUGUCAUGGGCUUUUGUGGUGUUCGAGAGUUAGAGAGUACUGGAAGCAAACGGUUUUUUGGGAAGAUAUCAAACCUCUGCAACGUCUUACUCUGAUGGAUAUUUGCCGAGCUGUGACAUGCAAGCGGGGGCAGAAAGGUCUAGAACUUUGGCUUUUCCUUCUUUGGAUGACUUGGAAUUUUCUAUGUGACCUCAAACAUGGUAAGCGUAAGGCCACAAAUUCUCUCAACUUGAUCGAAGGACAGCGGUUUUUGGAGGCUUUUCAGCAAGUCCGAGACCGUGUUUUGAUUGAGCAUCAGCUGCUGCCAAAGGAGGGUACUCGUCACUGGUACCCGCCGCCUCCGGGGGUUCUUCGUGUUGAUGUGGAUGUGGCGUUUCAGGAGGCGGGCAGUCGUGUUGGAGUGGGCUUCAUCCUUCGAAAUUCUGGAGGAUCUAUCAUUGCCGCUGGGUGUCAAAAAAUCGGCUUCUCAGCUACGGUGUUAUUGGGUGAACUUCAUGCUUUGUUGUUGGCGGUGGGUUUUUGCUUGGAAAUGGAUUCGGGGCCGGUGGUUAUGUUUUCGGAUUCUCUUCUCGCUAUACAUGUUCUUCAAGAUAACCAUCACGGGUCGGACUCUCUUUGUGACGAUCUCUAUGAGGCCUUUGCUCAUGCCCGUCAGUCCUUUGUUCUUGAUUUCUUUCACGCUCGUCGUGAAGCUAAUCGUGCAGCUCACGAGCUUGCCCGUUUUUCUUUGUCUACUUCUGAUGUAAUUAUCUGGAAGGCCGACUUUCCAAGUUGGCUUCUUGAUAUUGUUGCUUCGGAUUUGCUUGUAUAAUAUGCUCUACUUUCCCCUCAAAAAAAAAAUUAUUA